AUGUCUCUCUUCAAGCGCACGUUUAGGUCGCAAGACCCCAACGUCCGCGUGGACAAGUCGUCGAGGCUGAAGAAGUCGAGCUCGAUCCGGGACAACCAGAAGGUGUCGAAGAUGCAGCGCUCCGUGACCGAUGACCAGCCCGCCCCCAUGGCCCCGCCCGUCGCCGCCGCCGCACCCCGCGGUGGCCCCGCGCCGAUGCCGGCCAAGGCCUCCGGCGGUGGAAAGUCUGCCGUCGCCCCCUCGCCCAUCGUCACCCUGACGGUCGGCCGUGAGGGUCGCUUGUUCGCCGCCCACGAGGACGUCCUCUUCCAGUCGCCCUUUUUCGAGGCCGCCUGUCGAGGUCAGUUCUUCGAGGCCCAGAGCAAGCGGAUCGCUCUCCCCGACGAAGAACCCGAGGUCUUCUCCGCCAUCCUCGAGUACCUCUACAAGGGUGACUACUACCCCCGCCUGAUGCACAACAGGCACCGCAACUCUUGGGAGCUCGAGGAUGCCGUCAGAGGAUCCCCCCAAACCUCCCCCAACCCCGAUAACCACCACAGCCACCACCACAGAGGUGGCCGCGCAGCCCCCCCUGCCCCGGGCGCCUACCCGCCCACGCCCAACUCGGCCCACACCACGACAAGCAACACCACCGCCGGCUCCGGCGCCCCCGGCAGUGACGCGACCAUCUACAUCGCGGCCUGCGGGCAGCACAUCCUCCGCGACACCGUCAUCUACUGUGCCGCGGAGCGGUACGGGCUCGAGGAGCUCAAGCGCUUGGCCCUGCGCAAGCAGGGUCUGCAGUCCGGCGUCGACGUCGGAACCAUCCUGCGCUCCGCCCAGUACGCCUACGCCCACACCCCCGACUCGGACUCGCGUCUGCGCGCUCACUACCUCGCCUUGAUCAUCAGGUGUCGCAAGACAUUCAAGAGGAGCGGUACCAUGCAGACUGAGAUGGAGCGCGGCGGCAGCAAGCUCUUCUUCGACCUGUUCGUGGCCAUGUGCAACCACCUCGACGACGUGAUCGACCACACCAACGCACGCACCCCCAAGACCGUCUGA